AUCUGUUCAUAGGUUGCUAGAACUUGUGGGGACCUGUAUUAAAAGUAAGAGAUCUAUGCUUUUUUUAAUGUAUCUUGGGGCUGAAAGAGUAUCUCUUUUGUUUCUUACAGACAAAGUUCUAAAGGAGAAGAGGAGGCUGUUUGUGGAGUCAGUAGACAGGGGUGUAAUAAAUGGAUUAUUGGAUGAUUUAUUGGAACUCCAAGUGUUGAAUCUAGAAGAAAUGGAGAUACUAAAAGAAGAAAGUAGAACAAUAAGGGAUAAGGCCCGUGUCCUGAUUGAUGCUAUAAUUUCCAAGGGCCCCAAAGCCAGCCAAUGUUUUACUAAAAGUAUCUGGGAAAGAGAUGGACACCUUGCAGAAAAACUUGGUCUGUCUUCGGCUCCUCAGGAAAUUCAGGACGAUGCCAUAGACACACUCAAGCUUUGCUCCUAUGCAGACUUCCAACGGAUAAAGAAGGAGAAGGAAGGACAGAUAUACCCAGUCAUGGAGAAAGGAUUCCGUACACGCCUUGCCCUCAUCAUCUGUAAUAAAGAAUUUGAUGAACUCCCCAGGCGGAAUGGAGCUGAAAAUGAUGUCACAGGAAUGCAGAACCUUCUUGAGGGUUUGGGUUACAGAGUACAUGUUAAAGAGAACCUCACUGCUUUGGAAAUGGAGUCAGCCCUAAAGCAGUUUGCCUCCUACCCAGAGCACCGGACUUCUGAUAGUACUUUUCUGGUACUCAUGUCUCAUGGUGUGCCAGGAGGCAUCUGUGGGAAGGAUUACAGAGAAAAAGACCCCCAAAUCCUAGAUGUUAACAAGAUCUUCCAAAUUUUCAACACUUCCAACUGCCCUAAUUUGAAGGACAAGCCCAAGAUCUUAAUCCUUCAGGCUUGCCGAGGAGGGAAUGAUGGAGCUGUUUUGGUUAAUGAUUCAUCUGACUCCUCUGAACACAGAUGUAUUCAGAACCUACCCAUCUUUGAGGAUGAUGCUGUCCGCAGGGCCCAUGUGGAGAAGGACUUCAUUGCUUUUUGUUCUUCUACUCCAGAUAACGUAUCUUGGAGAAACAUCUACAAGGGUUCUCUCUUCAUCAUCCAAUUAAUUCUUUACAUCAAAAAGUUUGCUUGGUGCUAUCACCUGUAUGAAAUUUUCUGCAAGGUUCAACAUUCAUUUGAAAACCGAGAGGAGAAGCUGCAAAUGCCCACCAUUGAAAGAGCUACAUUAACAAAGUAUUUCUAUCUUUUCCCAGGGAAUUAAAGCUAAUAUACUGCAGUAGCAGCAGCUGUUGGCUGCUCGGGGAAAUUAUACUAAUGUGGGAGGGGUAAUAUUUCUCAUCUCCAGGUAUAAUUUGGGUAAUGGAUAAAAGUGUGGAAUGGCAACUGUUUGGGUGAAUAAUGCAGAUCUCAUGACUUGUUUUGAAUAGGUAGAAGUAUGUUUCUGAUCUUAGAUGUCCCUGCUCUGAUGUUAUAAAUGUAGAAAGUGAUGAGCAGAGCAAUCUCUUUUCCUUGUUUUUAAUAGUGGUUUAGAGGUAGUCUCUUGUUUUGAUCUUAGAUGUACCCACAUUGAGGAGAUUGAAGAGCAAAAGCAACUUUUAGAAUUAAAAAUUGGCAUAGCCCUCUCUUUACAUAGUCAGUUAGAUCUCUUAAUAUAGCAAAUAGCAGUCAUAUCUCUGUUCCUAAACUGUACCCCAAAGUACUUCAGUGCAAGGAUGUUCCUCUAUGAGAGUAUCUUGUGUUAUACCUUGGUGUUAUUGAUAUGUCUCUAAAUCAUAUUAUUUUGCAUCUUUCUUCCCAUUACUCUAAUUGGUAAAUAUUGGGACAUCAUAAUUUUGUGACUGUGUCUUUCAUUUCAUGGGUUGGCCCUGGGCUAAGAAAUCGCUAUGUCAUUAUCCUUUCUUAUGUUAUACUUCCCUUUUAUAUUUUCCUGUAGGAAGUCACAUGUAAUUUAAUACUUAUAUAACCACCUCCUCUGGAAUGAUGUAUUAAUUACAGUUUUUUUUAUGAUUUCUUAUUAUCUGAUUUUUCAAUAAACAGUUCAACAAAUA